UGCUCAGUUGUGUGAAGGAACAUAUCGGACUGGAUUAGUCGAUUUCCGAUCUCAAAAUAAUUUUUGAGAAGUACUUUUAUGGCUCAUUCAUAGAUGAUCGUCUAUAUGGUAUGUCUGUUAGUUUCUGGAAUGUGGGACUGUUAAAAGGUGAGCCGAGGACUUUAUUUUUCCAAUCCUACCGUUAUUUUCAUACUGCGCUUAUCGCGAAAAGUAAAAUGUUAGUUUAACCGUUUAAAUAUUUGCCGUUAUUCUCUAUUUUUUUGUAUAGGCUACUAUAAUUACCUGUUGUAACAGACGAUGUCUUUUUAGCAGACCAGUUUGAUUAAUUAAACAGUUUCAGAUGAUGCUAUAAGGUUCAUCAACAGUCCCAGGACAGGAAAAAGGAACUUACUCCAGCUCUCAUUCAGUCAUCAGAUCAAAACCUUUACUGAUUUCAUCCCGUGCUUUGAGUAACUUAAAAGUAGUAAGAGUAUGGACAGUGUGGAUGCGGAGAAUAGCUUUGUGCAGAACAUGUGGCAGCACCCUCCUUCAUUUGUUCACCUGGACCUCCUGUCAUCUAAAGGUUCUCCUCAGCUCUCGCCUUUGUUUCAGGACUCGCAUCCCAAAGGUUUUCUGCUGUCAAGCCCAGAACCACUGCUCACCCUCCUCUCUUUAAACAGGAACUCACCGGGUUCUCCAGCAGGUGCUCCACCGAUGUGUUUUAUGCCCAUUCUUGAAGACAAUGGACAAGAUUAUGUAGAACCUACUCGCACUCAAAGGCAUGGUGGUUCUACAAAACAUUGGCCAGUUGGCACCAAACCUCUUUCUUCUGAGCAAUCACAAUGUCCUAGCAGGAAGAACAAUGCUUUAAAUCAUACAUGGGUUGGUGCUGUGGAGGAAAUGGAGGAAGGGUUGAUGAUUCAGUCAUUGUGGCAUCUCUCCCAGCAUGUUUCAUUGGCGAAUCGAGCUGGUUGUUUACAGCAGAGGGUGUUGGCAGUGCUUGGUGAACAUGCUUCUAGGCACUAUUGCCAACAACUGGACGGUUUGAAGAAGAAACUUCUUGAAGCACGCUGCUUCCCCAAAUACUCAAUGACAUCAGACCCUCUUUUUGAGACUGCACAGGUAGACCAGGCUCUCAGAAGGAACUUCCAGUUCACUCAAACACAUAAGCAACCUCUGAAAUCCAGACAUGUGCAGAAUUUUGCUCACAGUGGACAUGCUGUUCUGCAAGGACUGCUGGAGUCUCUGGACUCUGAUGCCACAGCGAGCAGCUCAGAUGAGGAGGGGGACCAUGAAGACACAAAAGCAACCUCAGACCUCCCACAUUGUGAUGUUUGUGAAGUGAGAUGGCUGAAGGAGAGAGCUGAAAUCUGCAGUCGCUGGACGCGGAUGCAGAUGAGACUGUCUGAGCUGGACUCUCAGAUUCAGAGGAUUGAAAAACUCUAUCGGCAGAUCCUCGCUAAUAAGAGUCGUGUGGUUUUGGCUGAGUGCCAGCCUCUGACAGACCAACAGAUCCAACACACUUUGUGGACAGAGACUAUGGAUCUGUCAUUUACAGCUGGGAACAUGCGAGAUUUGCACUCUGAUCUAGAGAUGGAACCCAGCAGCCCCACACGCCUUCUGAGGAACAUCGAGAGACAGAGUGCACAGCUUACUCAGAUUGUAAACAGCCUGAUGCCAUCUUUCUGUGCCUCUCCUUCCUCAUCACCUUUGUCUAAAGGACCCUGCAAUCGCUGGAGAGAUCAACAGAAAACUGCUUUCAACAGUGAACCACAGUGUUUACCUAAAGCCAAGAAGAGGAAGCGAACAUGUCAAAGACGACAGUACGUCCCUCAGGUGGCUGCCAGCUUUAUGUCAGCCCGGACUCGACCCCUUCUAAACUAUCACAAGCCUAGACUUUUCCUCAUGGACCCAUUGUCUCAUAGAGAACAGGUGUUUGACUUUUCCUCUUCUGAUUCUCCCAAAUGUGCUUCCUGUGAUCCUACAUUGGUGUCUGCACACCCUGCAUGUUCCCGCAUACAAGAGAGUGCAGAUGGCAAAGUGCAUCCUUUUCUAUCACUGUCCUCAGAAAUGCCUUCGUCCUUCCAUCUUCAGAAUGCGCUGUUUGAAGAAAGUGUGCUUCAGCGAUCUCUCCUCUUGAAGACUGAGCUCUCCAGUCCUCAUCACUGUCUCAGGCCCAGAGGCAGAGUCUCCCGAUCAUUAUUCCAAUGCAGUCACGGGACGAAAAACAAAGGGCAUUUGAAGAGACAAAGACAGGAGAGCACUCCUAUACGAUGGGCAGGUGCUCGAGACCACCACAGUCAUUCUUACAGGGAAAGUAAAAGGAGACUGCACUAUUCUGAGAGACCAACGGGCAUGCAGGUCUCCAGUGUUACACCGCAGCCUUAUCUGGUGUCCCAGAGUGAUGACAGUCAUGUGGAGGAACCGUUAGAGGAUGUGAACAUCUCUUACUGUACACCAUCACAACAGAGAAACUCACAGCUUUCAUUCCGUAGAAGAAACUGGGAUAGCAUUGAUAACAUUGUCAUUCCCAUGUCUCUCUUCUCCUCGGUGAAUGUGGAAAAGCUUCAGUAUAAGAACAUUCUGACGCCCAGCUGGCGAAAGUUAAACAUUUCACCUUUAUUGAAAAGAGAGCAUGAUGAGCAGGAGGAAAAACUGUCAGAAGCUAUAGAAGAUGUGGAUUUCUUUCAGAGACACCAGAUAUAUGAGCGUAGCGAGAAGCUCCACUGGUCGUGCUGGGAGGAGGACAGUCAAAGCAUCAGGUCAUCCAGGAGAAGCUGUUCUUCUGUAUGUGUGAGAAAUCAUCCUGCUCACUGUCACUCACCUGCUCAUUCUCCUGACCCGUCCACCUUUAGUUCUCUUGGAGAUCUGGAGGAUGACAUAGAGACAUUGCCACCAUGGAAGAGGCGGACAUUCCCUCUGGCAGAUGAAGACGAGGAGACUUUGAGGUGUGAUGAAGAGCAUAGCUGGCCUGUAAUGGUCAGGACUUCAAGAUCACCAAAGCACAAAAUCUGAGAUCCACCAGGAAAUGACAUCAUACUGAGGCACAGUCUCCUUCAUCAAGUUUCCCCUCUCGAUUUCAUAAAUCAGCAGGUUCAGAUGCUUCAGAAGAUUUAUUGUUGCUCAAAUAAACAGUGUUUGUAUUAUACUGUCUUAGUUUAUUUUAUGCCUGUAAAGCAUUACAUAAUUUAUGUAACCUUUGUUUUUAAUUAUUUAUUACACUCAGAUGAUUUGAAAACAGAACAAAUGACUUGGAGUGGGAAAAGCACUGUAUUAGAAAGUUGAUUGAAUUAAACUGCAUUAAAGUGAUUUAAACUACCGCACAGGGAGGCCAUCAGUCUUUCUUUAUCACAUUUUGCUGAACAAAGUGGCAUUUGUUAUCUGAUACACUUGACAAGCUU